GGUGGAGACACUGUUCGAGCCCUUCAUGUAGGCACGAGCUCAGCCUCCUCGUGUAGGCUUUGUAGCUCUGAGCUGCAGUGUCCCCUGAGCUUUAGGGUGCCAAGCGUGAGAAGUGUCUGCCGACGGCUGCCAGCGAUGCCGGAGGGCCCAUCGGUGAAGAAGUUCCAGCUGCUGACGUCCCCUUUUGUGGGACAAGUAGUGACCAAGGUGGGGGGAAGCAGCCGGAAGAUCAACGUGAAUGAACUGAAAGCGCUGAGGCUCCAGGACUCUCAGGUUCAUGGGAAAAACUUGUUCCUGGCAUUUGAGGCAGCUGGAGCUCAACUAGGACCAAGCGCAGAAGAGCUAGCAUUUCAAAGAGAGGUUUGUAGCGGGGCAAGUUCUCCAGCCCAGGAGGGACAGGAGCAGACAAGUCUCCCAGAAGAGAAGCCUCAGGAAGCCCCACACUGCAGAUCUGAUGCCCCAGAUACAGGGUGUCCACGCAACUGGCUGCGUGUCCAUUUUGGCUUGUUUGGCAGCAUUCGGGCAAACGAGUUCUCAAGAGCAAACAAAGCCAAUAAGAGGGGGGACUGGAAGGACCCUACACCCAGGUUGGUCCUGCACUUUGAGAGUGGAGGCUUCCUUGUUUUCUACAACUGCCGAAUGCACUGGUGCUCUUCUCCAAUGGCUAAUCCUGCUUCUGACAUCCUUUCCGUGGAGUUCCACCGUGGCCGGGCGCUGGAUGCCCUCAGGACACCCAGUCCUGUCUGCUACACCCUCCUAGAUCAGAGAUAUUUUUCAGGGCUGGGGAGCAUCAUUAAGAAUGAGAUUUUGUACAUGGCAAAGAUUCAUCCCUUAGCGCAAGGCUCUCUCUUGGCUGUCUCGGAUCUGGAGCGGCUGCUUGACUACGCUGUUCAGUUCGGCUCCGACUGGCUGCAGAGCAAGCUGCAUGGGAAAGGGCUGCACCCUCAGAUCUACCAGAAGGAGCACUGUCCCCUCGGGCAUGCAGUGAUGAAAGAAACCCUUGGACCCUUGCAUGGCUUCAAGAGAUUGACUUGGUGGUGCCCUCAGUGCCAGCCUGCAGUGCCUGCAGAGAGUGAGUGACUCAAGUGAGUGACUAGUGAUCUGCCUUUCUUACUCUCCUCCUCCUGGAGGACUAUUCAGAUGGUGUCUCAGUUCUUUUGAAAAGGUCUUUAUGGUUUCUAUUAAGUUUGUUCCAUCUGGAAAAGUGAUUUGGCAGUGGCAGAUGUUCCCUAGAGGUCGGAGUCUCCAAAGCAUCUUGUACAUCUGAAUGCAAGAAGGAAACUGGUUGAACGCUCCUCCUUGUUUGUCAUAGUUGGCUCCAUAAGUCGUUUAAUUGGUGCUGAGGUGUCUUGGUCCCUGUGUGUGGAGUGUGAACUUCACUUUACCUCGUUAUUUGAGCAAGCUCCUGGGCAAACCAGCUUGCUGGGUAGAAAUGAGUCAGAAGAACCAGCCUGCCUCUUGGGCUGUGACCACUUUACAUGGGUGAGUAUCGGGAGUAUCUGAUUCAUCCCAGGGGCUUUCAAGGAUCCUGAAGAUUACUAUCCAGAGGACCCAAAUUUUCCUAUUUUCAGCUGGAUGUUUAGGAAGGUGAGGUACCUCCACUAAGGGUGCCCAUGCCUUGUAGGCUUAACGGGGGUUGCUUGAAGAGCCUAUAUAUAUAUACACAUUUUUUUUUUCUCCUAUGCUUUCUGGCUUAUGACUGUGUAUGAAAAGCUUAGGGCUUUGAGCAGGUGGCUUCUUCUGCUUUCAAGCUGCUGUAGAGAUCAUGAGUUUCAUGCAUUCCCUGUUAUAUUAUUAGGCCUAUAUAUAGGCCUUACCUAUAUCAUUAUAUUAGACAUCUACUACGCUUGUGAUCCCAGUUGUUAAUGGCCUGUCGGUCCUCCCAGAAAAGCCACUACUGUGAUUUAUAGAAACAAAUUAUAUAUACAUUUAUUUUUUUGG